AUGACGCCAAGCAAUGCCACACCUGUGCGGUGUAAAAUUCUGAAGUCCCUGUACACACUUGGUCCGCGAUACCGCAUACAUGAAGCCCUCGCGGUCUUUCUGGUCGACGAUUGGCUGGCUUCGGAAACGUGCUCGUUGCAGUCCGCCCUGGAGCACCGCAAGGCGAGGCAUGCAGCUUUGCGUCGCAUGGCGGAGCUGCGAGGCAGCGAGGAAGCGUUCAAACUCAAGCGACUCGAGUACGCGAGGGAAACUUGGGAAAUAGAGCGCGGCCUACAGCUGGAGAAGAUGGCAAGACAGAUGAUGGAGAUGCAGCCAGUCAUGGAGCAGCGCCAUAAGCUAGAGGACGAGCAGAGGCUACGACUGAGACGCUUAGCCGCUAUCGAGGACGAGAAGGUCCGGCGGCGAAGAGUGAAGGAGCGCCAGCUCCAAGACUCCCUCGAUCGCGCCAAGCACUUGCAGGACCAUGCCGGCGAGGGUCGUUCAGAUCCGGUCGCCAGCGCCCUCGAGGCCGAUGAGAGUCUCGAGCACGCUGAAGAGGCACCUUCCAUCGGCCGUGAUGGCGGUGCCGACGACUCCAGUCUGGCCAAGAUUGCCGCCGAGAUCGACAUCGUUCGCCGCAGGGAGGCCCACGCGAGUGUUCGGGCGCACGAGGCGCUGCGUCGGAUUGCAAGUGUGGGGUUUGUGACCAAUCCCCUCGUACAGUUCUUGCGACAGUUUCUUACGCUCUGCAACCCCAUCGCUAUUUUCAAGAAGGAAUGCGCCAAGCAAGCGGGCGGACUCAAGGCCCUAGCGCGUGAGGAGCUAGGUCCGGCAGCCUUCCAGAUUCUAGCAACUCCCGCCCCGCCGGAGGUGACUUCGACGUGGAUGUCGACGGCAGUGGCGUCGAAAACCGUAAGGGCGCCAAAAUCCAAACCGUCAAGAACGAAGGCAUCGAAAGGGAAACGCUCCGGUUCGGACGAACCAAGCCGUAGUCACGGUGACGACAACAACAACCAGGACAAGAGAAGUGAUAGGAAUGACGGCAGCAAAACUCCAAGGAGUUCCGGCUCUCCCGCUGGGAGUCAAGAAGAAGCAUCAGCGGGAGGCGGCGAGGGCGACACCGACGACGAACAGCGAGAGGCUAGAGAAGAUGCCGGCCGCUCGGCCGCGAUCAGGGCAUUCCUGCGGGCUGCGUCGGCGGGGGGACGGGGCGCGGAUCAUCCGGCCAUGGCAAGGAGCGGCGGUGGCGCGGGCGCCCGCGGUGAGAGGAAGAGGGGACAAGGGGCAGCACCGCUAUCGACGAGCGGGAAAGCCGGUGUUUCUGCCGCUUCCGUCGGCAAGAGCAGGGCGUCGGGGAAGGGAUUUCCCGGUAGCCGUCGGAGACACCACGAUGACGAUGCCCACGAACGGCUGUCGGUACGACAACGAAGGGGGUUGACUUCGUCAUCCACGGAGAGGGGAAAAGAGCACGGCGCCGGGAGGGGGUGGGCGGGAGAGGAUGAAGGCAGCGGCAAGGGGAGUGAAGAGCAAGGUGAUGGGCAGGAUGAUAGCGAGGAAGAGAGUGGGGGGGAUGGGGAGGAGGAGGAGGAGGACCAAAGCGUGGCACUAGACAUGGAAGGACUUGUGGCUGACUUGCGUGCCCGGGAGGGAGAGGCGGUGUCGCGGAUAGAGGCGCUCCGAUCGCAGGCAAAAGCCUUGGCCGAAGAGGAACAGUGGUUAGCGACAGGCUCUCUGGGCAAGGGGCACGCUUGGGAGGCAGUCUCACGGCUAGGCGUCCACAACGAGAGUUAUCUUUUGGGCGAGGGGACCAACCGGGGGACCCAUGUUCACGGGCUAGGCCUCGAAGCUGACCGGCGCAACCUGGAGGUGGUCAACAGAGCCAUGGAAGAAGAGGCCCGCCUAGCUAGGAAGGAGACCGAACUCCUGUCGGCAGCUUCGACAAUUCUGCGCGACGGGCCGGUGCAAGCCCUCCUUUGUUCUGCUUUCCGCGAGCUCGUGUCGAUGUGCAAGUCGAAGAAGGCAGCAUGGAAACCGGCGGGUGUCGUGGCGGUUGGAGGUCCGUCCGCCGAGGAGCGCGGAGGGGGAGGCGAUUGUCCGAUCUCGGGCGGCCCCACGGGGGCCAGGGUUGGCGAUUCUGUUGUUCUGAGGUUGAAGGAUAUUCAAGUAUACAGAGGCGACGGUUUUGUGACGGUGAUUGCCAUGGGCCCGCCCACUAAAUGUGCCACCAAUGGCGUUUGCUCUGCUGCUACGCCUUUUGCUCCUUCUGGUGUUGCGACUAACCCGGCCUCCGGAGGCACGUUUUUGCUGGCGGCUGGGACGAGUAAGGGUGGGAUAGUGGUGUGGGCGGUGCCGACAUUGGAAGAGGAGACCAGCGCGGGCGGGGUCGACAAACGAAGCGGCAAGAACAGCAAAAACAGUACGAAUAGCAGUGCGGCCGUUAUCAUUCGAGUGGCGAGUGCUGCAAGCAUGUCCAAGGACGAGAGGUGCCCAGUGGAAAAGGUCUACUUCGGAGCAGACGGUCGGUCGCAGCUCGUCUCCCUUGAUGCCCAGAGGGUCGUCAAGGUGUGGGAUAUCGGCGGCGGGAGGGAUGCGGCGGCGGCGGCGGCGAAGGCGGCGCAAGGGCAUCAAGGCCGCGGCACGCAAGCACCCGCGCGAGAGUUUCUGCCCGAACUGAGGGGAAGCGGCGGGGCCUCCAGCAAGUUCCAGGCGCUGCCGCUCGUAGCCAGGUGGGCCAUCCGGCAUGGUGACUUGGAACGGCCGUUGCUGGAUGCCGCCACGGCCUCUUGGCUCGACAGCACCAGCAAUACCGGUGCCGCCGCCGACACCAAGAGAAAGAGCGACAGAAUCAAGGAUAAGAAGAGGGGUCUUGUGAGAGGGGGGGGCCGCGGAGAGGAUGCGGGAACCGCAAGCACUAGCACUCUGCCGUCGGUGGGCGGGUCGUCAGAGACAGCAAGUGCUACCACUGCGGGAAAAGCCGAUGGCGGGCCAUGGUCCUCCUCGAUGAAGAGAGACAUGCGCCGUUUCCGGCGGCCAUGCCUCCGUUUCCGGCGAUGCAUGUUCCCAUCACGGUCGACGGCUGCCGCGCUGACCUUGGCGUCUCUCACUCUCCGCACCGUAACGAACGCCACCGUCGCUUCCCCAGAAAGCCACGAGGCUACGACUGUCGCGUUCCACGCGGCCAUGACCGCUUUCGGAGAGCAGCUCUCUGUAGUCGUCGCCACGGCGGGGGGCAGUCUGGUCAAGUGCAAUGCGGACGCGUGGCCGGUGGCGAAGGCGGCGGGCGGCGAGCGGGGGGAUGGCGGAAGGGACGGAGACGGACCAAUCACCGAUGGCCAAUCGUUCCUUCCUACGUUGCCAAAGAUGGCUCAAACACGCUUUCCCGAGUCUAUCGAUAGUAGGGCUUUCCGAGGUUUGGGGUGCUUGGUGCCCAACGAGCCCGGCAACCGUGGCGCCCCUCACGAGGCUACGGUGCUCAGGAGCACCGCGAGCGCACACGGGGAGGGCAGCGAAGGCAUCCUUGGCGGCUGCAACUCCGUGCGGCGAGAGUUUUUUGAGAGGCAUCGGCACUCGGUAAUAUUCGUCGGCUUCAAGGACCACGUUUCCUUGACGAUGGUCACUCUCGACGUGUCGGGGCUUCUGUGUGUGUGGCCCUACAGCGCCGACGCCUUUUCGGGGUUCGGGUGGUACACGCCAUCCAAGGAGGUAGUGGUAGACGUGACGCUUCACUCCUACAAGCUAAAAACCAACAGAGCAGCCAGGAGGGGCGAGCGCGGCACCGGCAGUGGAGGCGGCGGGGGCGGCGGUGGGCCCGGGUUUAUUUUCAAUAGAGCACUUCCUCCGGACUACUCGGAGACUGCAAACCCCCGUGAGGCGUUGGCCGAGCUAAGAACUGGCGGGAGCUAUAGACUUUCGUCGACCGAACGUACCGCAGACCGCGGCCGUGCGGAGACUUACAUCGGUCCGCCAGACAGUGACUGUGACAGCCGAGGUGGCGCCGCGGUUUUUCGGGCGAUCGUGGCAAGGUAUGACGAGGAAGGGGAGAUCAAGUCGGCGACUAGGUUGAGGGCUCUGGAAUACGCUCGCGAGGGGAUGAUCACGGACGCUAAGCUCACAGUGUCCGGAGGCGGUAGAGGCGACGGGACAUCGGGGGGUGAGGAGGUGCCGCAGUUUACCGUGAUGGUCUUCCUCGUGAACCUUGAGGAGAUGAGGAUGCGCAAAAUACCCACCAAGCACGCGGUAGUCGCCGAUCAACGCCACCACAUCGUGUCGGAGUACAGCAGGCUUCUGCACAACACAACGGUGCUGCCUAUGGCACUCCGAAUCAACGGCAACGCGGCGUGUAACCAAGGCAACACAGAUGACAACAGAGCAACCUCCCCCAUGGCCAUCGUGCCCUCACUGCACCUCUCCCCCGUCCUCUCCGUUUCGACAUCUCCUGACCAGUCGAUGCAACUGCUACCGCAGCAUGUGAGACACGACUGGCCUAUGACAAGAGGUAGCACCGGCGGUUUUCCGUCCCCGGCGUUUGCGGUGUCCCCGGUACUGGACGCGACCGGAUCAGACUAUGUGUACCUGGCUAUCGAAGACUCGGUACGGAUAUUUUCGCUCGAGACGGGCUUCGAGGUGGCAUUGCAAGAAGGGAGGCGGCUGUCGACGAAAAUCGGCGGCAGUCUUGGCGACGGCGGCACCAGAGGCGGCAACGGUACCGCCGCUGCUACCGCAUCUGUUGGCCCCACGGUGCCCAUCGUGGCGGCGGAGGUAGCCUCGAAUAACGGAACACUCGCUGUUGCGUGUGCUGACUCAGGUGCCAUCACCUUGUUCCGGUUUCGUGAUAACUCCUUGAAAGUUGCAAGGGAGGAAAUGCAGAGGACCGCCCCUCACAGCAGGAGCAGAGGCAGGAGCAGCGACAGCGACAGGGGCAGCGAUAGUGGCAGCGGGAGGGGCAGUGGCAGCCCGACAAUGUCAUGGCGACGGUUUCUCCGUACCGUUGAGUGCGAUCGCCGAAAUGCUACACCGUGGGAAAUGAGGGUGCCUCUCAUCCCGCCCCCCGGUAAGAAGUUGCGACCGUCCGUUGUGUAUGGUUCCGAACACCAGGUCCACCUAAGCACACCCUUUGAGAUGGGCAGCGACGAGGGUUACAGCCACCGGGACCAAAUUCGGCGUGUGAUCGUGAGCGACAUAGUAGAGGCCGCCAUCGCUCUCUCCGAACAAAACCAGACAUCGAAGAAGCUACGGAUAGAGCCGAUCGAGGGGACGGGCGGCCAAUCAUCAGCACCGGUUGGAUUGGGUGCGGGUGGGCGUGUUAGCCUUCGAGAUCUCUUGGGAAAACCUCCGUACGGAACGGUCUAA